GAGAAGUCGUGGGUUGUGGCACAUAGACAAAAUGAGCAACCGAAUUUGACUAAGCUUCAACUGCACCCACCCUCCCUCCUCACUUUUCCUCUUUCCCCAUUUCUUUCAUUUCAAAAAAAAUCCAAAAGAAAGACCUCUGAGCACAAUCGUGUAACACACACGCAUUUUCAAUUUGUUGACAUUUCUGUGUCUCUCUCGAAAUGUGUCCGCUGAGGCUGAUUCUGAUAUUCCUCUCCGCCACUCUGGCCGGCUUCUUCGUCCUCAGAAACCUCAAGUCCCAACCUCAACUCAACUCCGACCUCGACCUCGACCACGACGACGACGUCGUUAAGGAUCCCAACUCAACUGACUCUCAAUCCACUAAUGUGCGUUCGGCGAUAGAGUCAGGGUUUUGGACCUGUGUGGACAUGGCCAGUGGUCGCUACCUCUGGAGGCAUUUGGUCUCUAAGCGCUCCUCCUCCGAUUGAUCUCCGAUCAGUCUCUGUAUUGUUUCUACUGUGUAUUGUUUCUUGGUAAAUGCCUCGUUCAUAAAUGUGUAAUCUUAGAAUUACUUGAUAAACAAUCCCGUGUUGUUGUUGUUGCAAUUGUAAUUUCAAUUUACCUAUGCUUGGAUAACUUGGAAGAAACUACGCCCUUGUAUAGAUUUGUGCUUCUCUUUACAGUUUUUCUCAAUAUUAUUGCCCUAUGUUGCUUUUAA